AUGCCCAAACUGGUUGCUCGGGAAGCCAAGCACGACCAGGCCCCCGGGGGACCGCGGCACUGCUGCAGAUCUUACAUCUGGAUAUCGUCCCAGACGGUGGUGUCUCAGAGAGACGACAGCACGUUCUCCAUGAUUCAAGAUUUCAAAACCAAGCUCUUUAGAGCAGAGGCUAAUGUAGAUAACCAGAAUUCUGAUUUAGUUCUUGAAACUAGUGAAGAUUUAUUUCUAACUUCUAGAAAUUUGAAUGUGCCUCUAAUCAGAAAGCCUUCUAUUAGCCAGAGAAUUGUUAAUACAUCUGUCCCAAUCAAAAGCAGUUUUUCUCCGCCAUUAUUAACUUCAGCUAGACCAUCAGAACAAAUAGUAACCGAACAACAUACUAUUUUAAAUCAGCUGACCACUUUUCACAUGUACUCACAAAGCAGCUACACACAUGCAAUUGGCCACAUUGUAAAUUUUGUUACAACUAAGCUUCUACUUCUCAGUACUUCAUCUCUGUCAUACAGUUAUUUGGGACAGAUGGUGAAACCUUGGACUCUCAACUGGGGAAAUCCAAGGUUUAUUACCAUUGCCAAUGUCAAAAAUGUUGGAAAGCCUUGUGGCAAAGCCGUUGCCAAUGGCAUCCUUCACAUGCACAACAUCAAAAGAACCAGGGUGUCUUUCUGUGUUGGUGAUCACACCAACUUGGCCGAGAUUGGCUCCACUGAUCACCGUCCACGCAUUACCUGUGUCAAAGUUGAUGAACUUGUACUUUGCCUCUUCAGCUCUAAUGCAAUGAACAGCAAAAUGGCCUUUGUAAUCAUAGAUCAGGUGGAAAUGCUCACCUGUCUUCUCAAUGCUGAUGACAUCCAUGAGCCCAGCAAGUGUUUCAGUUUAUUAUUUAACAGGAUUUGUAAAGGUGUAAGUGAGUCUAUUCAAGAAGGAACACCCAAAGAGAAAGUUUUGUCACUAAAUGUGUUUUCAACAAUCAUUGAUCGCUGA